AACUCCCGCUUCAGUUCCGAUCUACCGCAUGAUGAACAGUAAGAGACUCGGGUUGCUCUGCUUUUUGGUGAGCGUUAGCUUAGCAUGGACGGUGAAGGGAGGAGGUAUGCGCCGUAGGAAACGCCAGCAAUGUGCGCACGGCGUGUACUCACACGAGGCGUUCCAGUGCUGUCGCUGUCAAACAGGCCAUCUUGUCUUAGACCACUGCAGUAAAGGACAAGCAACCCAGUGUGCACAAUGUCCAGAUGGAACAUUUAUGGCUCACCCAAACGGAGAGAAAAGCUGUGAGCACUGUACGCACUGCCAGCACGCACGACACCUCGAGGUAAAGCAGAACUGCACGGAUAAAACCAACACAGUCUGCCGCUGCCUGAGCGGAUACUACUGCGACAAGGGUGAAGACUGCUUUACCUGCUACAGCUGUGAGAAAUGUGAGGGUCUGGGGGUGAAAGUGGCUUGCACUGCUACCAGCAACACAGUGUGCCAUGAAAAGAACUCACCAGGUGGACUUAUUGCAUGUGCUGUUAUCAUUAUACUGGUUCUGGUAGCUACAGUUUAUGUCCUCUGGAGGAUGGGUUGUCUUAAAAAAUGUGCAAUGAAAAAGAGAAACGAAGAUGUAGCGGAACUGGAGCAACUGUCAGUACUGUCAGAUGAUGUGGUCUUGAGACCAUACCUAUCUAAGAUAGCCAGCGUUCUGAAGCUGCAGGACGUGAAGGCCGUGGCCAGACUUACCCUGGAUGAGGCUGAGAUUGACAGGCAAGAGAUCAACCACCCCAAUAAUGCAGAAGAACAGACCUACAAACUGCUGGAGGCCUGGUAUCAGAAACAAGGGGAAAGAGGUGCGUGUAAGGCUCUCGUCAAAGCGCUCCACAAUCAAGGCAGGAAAUCGGACGCCAAUCGUGUGCAGCGCAUCAUUCAAGAAGGAGAAGAAGGAAAGAUGUUGAUGUCAUAAGUAUAAACUGACAGGAAGUAGAUGCUCUGAGGUUGAAUAACAAACGUUCUUCCCUGUUCUGCUGUGCUUGGAUAGCUCACUGGCUGAAAAUCCUUGACUAAAAGAAGCAUUCUUUUCUAUAAACUGCAGAAAUGAACUGUGAUACUCAAUUUGAUCAAUUUGAUACUUUAUGAGUACUAGAAACACUAUUAGUUCAUUUCACCACUUGAAAAUGUUUAGGAAGGAGCCACCCAAGUAGUUUUACAUGACCAAGUGGAGUAAUGUAUUAAUUUGUCCAUAUACCUCAGUGAUUUUAAUCUGAAUUAAAUAUUCAUUUUAUAGCCUU